UGUGCACUGUCGUUCGUUGUUGAUACCCUUUCAAUGCCCCUGGCUGCGCCGGGCCCUAUACCUCAUGAAAAAUUCCGGUGAAAAAGUUCCACCAAUAUAAAAAAGUAAAUAGAAAAGUUCGACUGAAACAUCCACAACAUGGAGGACACCCUCACCAAAGGACCCCUCCCACCAGGGGUCUACCGGUCCAGAAUUCCCUUCUGGCGCCUCCUCACCGACCAAGCAGCCAUCACCCAAGAAGUCCUGGAAUACGACUUCCCCGGCAACGGAACCGAAGACGACCCGUACGUCGUGUCCUGGAUCCCGAACGACAACCGCAACCCGAUGCUCUUCGGCCUGGGCCGCAAAGUCGCCAUCACUCUCAUCGUAGCCUCCUGCACGUUGACCGUGUCCCUCACCUCGUCAGUAUACAGCGGCAGCGUCAGCGAAAUCACCGCCUACUUCAACGUCAGCGAUGAAGUCGCAACAAUCGGUCUUUCACUUUUCGUUCUCGGCUUCGCCGUCGGCCCCCUCCUCUGGGCCCCCUUCAGUGAAGUCUUUGGGCGCCAACUCCCCUUCUUCUUCAGCUGCAUGGGCAUGGCCGCUUUCUCAGCGGGUUGUGCCGGCGCCCAGAAUAUCUGGACGCUCUGCAUUCUGCGGUUCUUCGCCGGUGCGUUUGGUUCCGCUCCUUUCACGAACGCAGGCGGUACCAUCUCCGAUAUGUUCACGGCGCGGCAGCGAGGCUUAGCGUUGAGUUUGUAUGCCGCAGCGCCGUUCCUUGGUCCUGCUAUCGGACCCAUCAUUGGUGGGUUUCUGGGCAUGAGCGCCGGAUGGCGCUGGGUGGAGGGGUUCCUGGCUGCGUUGGCUGGGUUUAUCUGGCUGCUUAUGGCGGUUUCUAUCCCUGAGACGUAUGCGCCGCGGUUGUUGCGACUCCGCGCGGAUCGGCUCUCGCAGCUGACGGGGCGGGUUUAUCGGAGUAAGAUUGAGCUGGACAAGGGUACAGUUUCCUUGCCACGAUUGUUGAAGACGACGAUGUCUCGGCCGUGGGUGUUGUUAUUUUGUGAGCCGAUUGUGUUGUUGUUCGCGCUGUACAUUGCUAUUGUAUACGGGACGCUGUACAUGUUCUUCGCUGCGUUCCCGAUUGUGUACGAAGAUGUGCGCGGGUGGAAUCCCGGUGUGGGCGGGUUAGCCUUCCUGGGCAUUGCGGUGGGGAUGAUACUGGGGUGUGCGUGCACGAUCCCCGCCAAUUUGCAUUACAUCAAGGUGCAGGAAAAACAUGGAGGGUUUGCGCCGCCGGAGACGAGACUCAUCCAGUGUAUGCCUGGGGCGUUGGCGAUCCCGAUCAGUCAGUUCUGGUUCGCGUGGACGGAUUAUCCAUCGAUCCAUUGGAUCGUGAGUAUUAUUGCGACCGCACCGUUCGGGUUUGGGGUGAUAUUGAUUUACCUUGGGGUUAUGAAUUAUCUGAUUGAUUCGUAUACCAUCUAUGCGGCGUCGGUGUUGGCUGCUAAUACAGUGCUGCGGUCGAUUUUUGGUGCGGUGUUUCCCAUUAUUGCCCCGUAUAUGUAUGAUGGAGUGGGCAUUCAUUGGGCGCCGUCAAUCCCGGCAUUUCUGUCGCUGUUGUGUAUGCCUGCGCCGUUUUUGUUUUACAAGUAUGGUGCGGCCAUUCGAACGCAUUGCAAGUAUUCAGCGGAGUCGGAUCGCUAUAUGCGCAAGUUGCAGGAAAGUACGAAGCGCAAGUCGGAGGUGGUGGAAAAGGAGAGGCCCGUUAAGGAUGAGCCUAUGGUGCCGGCGGAUGGGGAGCCGGGGAUGUCACAGGCUGCAGAGCAGAAGUGAGUAC